AUGACGGACCCCCGGGUGUGUGCUGGACAGAGGAAGCCCAGCCUGUCCUUUUCCAUUGAGGAAAUAUUAAAGAAACCUUCUGGCAGCGCUGUCCCGAGCAGUGAAACCGGGAACAGAAGUAGCCAUGCUGAGAGACCUCCGUCCCUAAAAGCAGGGUCACCGGCGGCCUUCGAUUCCAGCAGCCAGAGUCAGUCUGACUGUGACUUACCUUCAGCCAAAAUGCUUCUUCCCACCACGUGUGCUACACCCAUGGCCAAAGCAAGGAGAGUGCAGGCAGCUCACUGCAGAAGACCCACUGCCAACCCAGUGUCCUUCCUGGGUGAGGACACGGGACGUGAACGUCUGGAAGGCAAAAGAAAACAUGAGGAAGAUCAGCUAUGUGGUUUCCCCAUGGACCAUCCACUUCACGCUGAGAGGAAAGGGAAGCGAAGAAUCCGGACAACGUUCACAGCUGAGCAGCUCCAGGAACUGGAGAAAAUUUUCCAAGUGACUCACUAUCCGGAUGUCCAUAUUCGCAAUCAACUGGCAGCAAAGAUAAACCUCCCAGAAGCCAGAGUUCAGAUCUGGUUCCAGAACCAGCGAGCAAAGUGGAGGAAACAUGAAAAGUUCAGCAACUUUGGUGGCCUUCAGUAUCUGACAGAAGUUGAUUUCAUUCCUGCUCCCAAGUCAGAUAUCACAGCUCCUAGCUCGAUGCCAAGAAAGCUCUCUGCUUCCUGUCCUGCCGUGGGAUACUACUCACCACUGCAAGGACAGCUGACAACUGCCUGGCUGCCCAGCACGCUCUCCUUUGCUCCCCACCACGUGGAGCUGCUGCCCUUCCCAAAGCCAUACUUGCUCUUCAAUGUCCUGCCCCCAUACAGCUCGCUGCUGCCCUGCAAGUUGGAAAGGAGCAGUAUCUGUGCCAGCUCCUCAUAG